AUGGCGGAUAUCGAGAAAGGGUUCAUCCCCGAAGACGCGCUCAAAGCCCAGGAUCCCAAUCUCGUUGACUUCGACGGUUCUGAUGAUCAAGAGAAUCCGUUCAACUGGCCCAAGUGGAAAAAAGGACGUCAGCUGGUAUUGAUGGCCUUCAACACAUUUAUUACUCCCCUGGCCUCGUCAAUGUUUACCCCUGGAGUCAGCGAUGUUAUGAAGGAGUUCGGCUCCACAAGUAGCAUGAUAGGCUCGUUCGUCGUUACUGUUUACAUUCUGGGCUAUUGCUUCGGUCCCUUUUUGAUCGCCCCACUGUCUGAGAUCUACGGCCGUGUGCCACUAUACCACGCCUGCAACUUGCUCUUCCUCAUCUUCACCAUCGCCUGCGCUGUCGCCCAGUCCAUGCCGCAGCUAAUCGUCUUUCGCUUGCUGGCCGGCAUGGCUGGCGUCUGCCCCCUGACAAUCGGAUCCGGUACCGUCGCCGACAUGGUUCCCAAGGAGAAGCGGGCAGGAAUCAUGGCCAUCUGGGCCAUGGGACCCAUUUUGGGUCCAGUCGUGGGUCCAGUCGCAGGCGGCUUUCUGGCUGAAGCAGAGGGCUGGCGCUGGGUGUUUUGGGUGAUUGCCAUUGCCACUGGUGUCAUGAUGAUCCUGACUAUCAUUUGGUAUCGCGAAUCCUACGCUCCUGUCGUGCUCGAACACAAAGCCGCUCGGCUGCGCAAGGAAACUGGAAACCCAGACCUCCGCUCGAUCCGCGAUACGGGCAAACUCAGCCCACGACUCUUUCUGACGGCCCUAGCACGUCCGUUGAAGUUGCUCUUCACCUCCCCGAUUGUCUUCAUGAUGGCGCUCUUCGCUGCUAUCACUUACGGUUAUAUGUACCUAAUGUUCACUACCAUCACCUCCAUCUUUGAGGACAACUACGGCUUCGGUCCCGGUGUUGCCGGUCUCGCAUACCUUGGUUUCGGUAUCGGUUGUAUGAUCGGACUGAUCACCACCGGCCGUGUGGCCAACCACAUCGCCCAAGAUCAUAUUAAAAAGGGCUGCUUCGCACCGGAAUCUCGUCUGCUUCCUAUGAUGGUGGGCUGCUGGUUCAUGCCCGUCGGUUUAUUUUGGUAUGGCUGGUCGGCCGAGGCGCACACCCACUGGAUUGUGCCCAUUCUCGGCACUGGAGUGUUCGCCCUCGGCUUAAUGAGCGUGUUCAUGUCUGCUAGCACUUAUCUGGUUGACUCGUAUCUGCGCUAUGCGGCAUCGGUCACGGCGGCAAACACGGCGCUGCGGUCGCUGGUUGGAGCUCUGCUACCAUUGGCUGGGCCAUCGAUGUAUGAUGCGCUGGGACUGGGAUGGGGAAACUCGCUACUGGCAUUCAUUGCGCUUGCGAUGUGUGCGGUCCCAUUCGUGUUCUGGAAGUUCGGCAAACAGAUCCGUACUAGCCCGCGGUUCCAGGUGAAUCUGUAG